AAUCGCCUGUGAUACUGAAUGAUGCAUAAAAAAAACUAGUGUGUCCAAAGUUUAACAACUCGUUAUAAAAACAAACGGAAUGAGGAGACACGUGCAGCUCAUUAAUAUAAAAAAGGAUAGUACUUUAAAGUUGUAAAUCAGCUCUAAAAUAGAUCGACUCGACAAGGAAGGAGAAUGGGCAAUGUCUGCGUUAAACAUAAGAUCCAUCGUGUGUCCUGUAACCUACAGAGGAUGCAGACCGAUGGGAAGUUAUUUGUGGGGAGGAUGUUCUCUGUGCAGGACUCCCUCCCCAAACUGCCUGUCCCUCCCCUAGACCAGACCCUCCAGAAGUACUUACGAUCGGUCCGACCUCUGUUGACGGAUGAAGAGUACGCCAACACUCAAAAGGUAGUAGAAGACUUCAAAAGAGAUCCAGGUCCCAAGUUACAGAGUCUGUUGGAGAAACGAGCACAAAAGGAGACCAACUGGCUCUCUGAUUGGUGGACUAACACCGCCUACCUGGAAUUCCGUCAGCCUGUAACUGUCAACGUCAGCCCAGGAGUCGUGUUCCCUAAACAGAACUACACAGACAAAGAAGGACAACUCCGAUUCACAGCCAAAUUGAUAUCUGGUCUUUUAGAUUACAAAACCAUGAUAGACAAACAGACCCUCCCUGUGGAGAAGAUGGGGAAGCAGCCCCUGUGUAUGAUGCAGUACUACAAGAUCCUGUGUGGGUGUCGUAUCCCAGGGAAAAAGAAGGACACCUGGGUCUGUUACCCUCCAGACGAGGCCAACCCUCCAAAACACUUCGUGGUGGCCCACAACAAUGCUUUCUUUUUCCUGGAGGCCUAUGGCAGUAACAACCAGCCAUUGAGCACCGAUCAGCUGUAUGAACAGCUGAAAUACAUCGUGUACCAAUCUAAAGAGCAGGAGGUGCCCGUAGGACUACUUACCACUGAGAACAGGAACAAAUGGGCCAAGUCUUACGAACUCCUGAUGAAAGACAAGGAAACCAAAACUUCGUUAUCAAUAAUACAGCGUAGCAUAUGUGUGAUCUGUAUAGACAAUAAACUGCCAGACAGCACUCCCGGGGAGGAAGAAAGCACAGCCGCUAAAAUGAUGCUACACGGCGGAGGGAGUCAAUUCAACUCAGCCAACAGGUGGUGUGAUAAAACACUGCAGUUUAUUGUUGGGAAGAAUGGAGUCUGUGGUCUGAAUUACGAGCACACCACAGCUGAGGGGCCCCCCAUUAUAUCUAUUGUAGAUCACAUCCUGGAUUACUGUGAUAAAAAUGAGGUAGCCUCUACACCAUCCCCUGAUGUAAAAGCUCCUAGAAAACUCCAGUUAAACCUCAAAUUUCCUGAACUGAAAGAAAACAUAGAGGAAGCUGUAGAUAAUAUUGAUUCGUUAGUCAAGGAUGUAGAUUUAAAUGUGUUCAAAUUUACGGAGUACGGAAAAAACUUCCCCAAGAGCCAGAAGCUCAGUCCCGACAGCUACCUACAGAUGGCCUUCCAGCUGGCUUAUUACAGGUUAUAUUCCAAGCCCUGUGCUACGUAUGAGACAGCUUCACUGCGUCAGUUUCAGCUGGGUAGAACAGACACAAUCAGGUCGUGUUCCGUCGAGUCCCUGGAGUUCUCUAAGGGAAUGAUGGACUCUGCGUUAUCCAAGCAGAAGAAAGCCGAACUUCUGAGGAGGGCUGUGGCUGAGCAUAAAAACUACGUAGCAGAGGCAGUAAAGGGGCAAGGCAUUGACAGACACUUACUGGGACUUAAACUGAUUGCUCUUCAGAAUAAUAUGAAAGUUCCAGCCCUGCAUAUGGACAUGGCUUACUCUCUAAGCAGUCAUCAUAACGUCUCAACUAGUCAGGUACCAGCUAAGCAUGAGGCUUGUCUGGUGUUCGGCCCCACGGUUCCUGACGGUUAUGGCGUCUGUUACAACCCUCAGGAGAAACAGAUUAUUUUCGGAGUUUCCGCCUUCAACUGCUGUCCUGAGACGGAAUCUAGGAAAUUUAUAAACUCAAUCAGACAGUCUCUACACGAGAUGAAAACCGUCUUAGAAGGAAGUGUGCAAUCAAAACUGUAACAUGUGUGGGCAUUAGGUUAGAUACUUGUUUGAUAAGAUAUAUUGGCUGAGCUUGAUUUAAAUCUCAGGUCAAACCAUUCAAUUGUGAUUUACAUGUAAUAUAUGUAACUGUGAUGAUAUGUAUACAUGAAAUAUGAUUGUGAUAAAAUUUUCAGAAGAGUAUGUUCUGUAGUGAUGUAACAAUAUACCAGCAGAAAAAAAUUGUAUGUUUGUUAACCUUUAUGAAUUGGUGCUACAGAAAAUAUGGCAUUCUUUGAAUCAGUGUUUUAGAAUUUUUACUUGUAAUAUAAUCCUACAGGAUUUUAGUCUUAAGUUUGAAGAGCAGACAUUUUUCUAAAUGUUCAUUAAUUUUAUUAAAAGUAUUCUACCCUGCUUUUUUGAGACUAAGUUAAUUUAGUCAAAAAAUGCUCUGAUUAUGUAGUAGUUUCACUAAGAUGUUAUACAUGCAGUGUUUCAGUUAAAAUUUUUGUUCAAAGCACAUUUUAUCAAGUACUUUCUUCGAGUUCCCACCAGUGUGUGUACAUGGUAUUAUUUUAUCUGAAUUAAUUUCUUUGAGACAUUACCAUGGGGUAAAAUCAUGUUGAUUGGUGUUAAUUGUUUAUUAUACUGUAAUCCUGAUUGUAUUACGUGAGUUGGGACAGCUUCUAGUCGUGUUGUCAUAGCAACCGUGUUUCCCACUACCUCCCUCGUCUUCCCAUGUCUUCAUUCCAUAGCUGUGAUUAGCCAAUCUGUUUACUAUAAAUUACUGUUGUAUACAUGAUCAGUACAUGUCAGCAAAUAUUAUAUAUAGUUUGUGCAUUAAUUUUUUCAGAAUUUCAGGUUAGAUUUAUUGCUACCAUUUGGUGGUGGUGAAAAAAAAGCCUCAGUGUACCUACAAUUAUAAAAAAUCAGUAGCUGAUUAGAAUUCCAGUGUUGUUCAUUUUUUUUAUGGAAUGAAUUAGAAGUGUAGAUUCACAACAAUGGUGUUAAAAUAUAUCUUAAUAAAUAUAAAUUUCAAAACAAAGAAAUCCUUUUGAUUUUCCUAACAUCUUUUAGUUUUCAUCAUUAUGCUUGGAAGAAAGUGCAAUCUAAUUACUUCGUGCACCAACAUUGUUUGAAGCACUACAGUUCGAUUUUGACCUUUGAAUGAAAUAUUUGGUAUCAUUAAUUACCAAGUAAAUAUUAUAGGAACUAUGAAGUAUUUAAUCAAUGGUACAUAUAGCCCAUAGAUUAUGAAUAUUCCUUGCGAAAAAAGUAAAUUAAAAUGAUUUAUCUCUAGCCUUUCUC